AGUAGUAGUUCGUUGUUGGUGUGGUAGUGGGCACACGACCAAACCACCACGAACAUCUCACUGACAUUCAAAAAUUAGUGCACAGUAGCCACGUGACCCACGUGAUGUGAUCACCCCCUAGUGACAUGCAUGUACCAUUUUCGUUUAUAAAGUGACACACGUACUAGAGCUUUUCGCGAAACACAUUUAGGGUGCCUGACGAGCAUUAAAUUAAAAAAGUAGCAAUAAAGAAAACGCAGAUAUAGUGUAAAAAUGAACCUGCUCCUUUGUACGAGUUUGACCGUUGUCCUGGCGGCUCUCUUGUUCACCAAUGUCCACAGCAAGAGCUUUAGCAAACGAGAAAUAUCUGACUCAGGAGUAGACCCAACGAAAUUCGAAGUGAAUAUUGCAGAUGUAGAUCGAGAAAAGAGAGGCUAUGACCACCAUCACGACUUUCAAGUACCUGAAGUAGAUUAUAAAGCCCAAGGCGUGGAACACAAAUAUGUGCUCAAGAAUGCGCUCUUAGGAUUCGUAUUCCACAAAAUUAACUCCUUCAUUGAUAAGAAAACGGAAUGGAUUGAUCAUCUUGACAAAUCAAACAUUCCUAAGAACAAAGCUGCCGGAAUUUAUCCACCAAAGGACGAGAAAACGACGUUAGCGGGAGCAAUAUCGGGAAUCAUCGGGUCAAAACUCGAAGCCGCCGGACCUGUAAUUUCCUUCGUUACUCAUAAACUUACGAGCGGUAGUUCUUUAUUCAACAAAGGACACGGCGGUGAUAGCGGGGGUCUUCACGGAGGCUCAUCUGCGGGGAAAGGCUUUGAUGUGGGGGGUCAACUCGGGGGUCUUUUAGGAGCUUUCGCUGGAGGAAGUAGUACCAGACACAAUGGGGACUCUUAUGGAACUUAUUAGUAGAAGUACUCCCUAAAAUUUGAACUUUCCUAACGCAAAAUAGUAGAACACUUUUAAAUCUGAAUUAAUUUUCAUCUUAAUUUCCUUAUUCUGUUCCUUCUUCUUUUACAGCUUUUAAAAAUAAAUCUAUUAUUAUAAACCGUUACGGAGUGACUAAAAGAAAAUGUUACUUAUGGGUAUCAUUUUGCUUUAUUAUGACCACCCAGUGAUAUAUUAAAACUAAUCGUUCUCCCUGAGAACAAUUUUAAAUAGUAGGUAUUUUGAGGCCUCAUUUACUUAGAAUUUGGUAAGCCUUUUUUGUUCCCUUUAGUACUUUUUUUUUUCUCGUAUUAUAUUCUACUAAAUUGUUUGUUAUUUAACAAAUUAGUAAUGCAAAAAGUUUGACCCAUCGGAGAAUAGUACCGACUUAUUUAUUUUAUUGCAUAAUUGUCACAAAACCCAUAUAAAUUUGUCUAAUUCAAGGUCCGUACUUAUUGAAAGAUUGCAAAAGGUACUAGCAAUAUACAAACAUCAACAUAAGUUUGUUAAUUAAAAUACUCAUAAUGUUAUGUAAUAAUUGUCAAUUAAUUGAGAAAUGUGCGGCUGCCAUUUUGUUGCUCAAAAACGUGUAUGUAAAUAUAGUUUGUAGAUGUAGACUUUUUUUAUAAUUCUUACUAUGAAUGCUUUAAAAAUGGUGAAAGCUAAUACGAGCUUGCAAUUAGUGAAAAUUAUGACUUGUCAUUAUAUUAUACAUGAAACUUAUUAUUUUGCACGUGUACAUACGAAAUUUGGUACUUUUGUAAAUAAAUUAUGACAAAUAAACGUUAUUUAAAAUU